AUGCCCUCUUCCUCCCCCUCGUUUGUGCCGGUGGAGGAGGAGAUGAGGAACUGGGCGGAGCUGCCGUUGGACGCGAUCUCAACCAUCCUCCGCAAGCUCGACCACGUCAACAUCCUGAUGGGGGCCGGCCAGGUGUGCCGCUCCUGGCGCGGCGCCGCCCGCGACGAGCCCGAGCUAUGGCGCCGCAUCAACAUGCUUGGCCACGCCGACCUCUCCCCCGAGCUCAACCUCCACGGGAUGGCGCAGGCCGCCGUCCGCCGCAGCGCGGGAAGGUGCGAGGCGUUCUGGGGCGAGUACACCGACGACCACGACUUUCUCCUCUUCCUCGCUGACCAGGCACCUUCUCUUAAGAGUCAUCGCCUCAUUUCUCGCUAUAAUUUUGAUGUACUCAAGGAGAUGAUAGUGAAAUUCCCUUUGCUCGAGGAGCUCGAGCUUUCAUUGUGUUCAGAUGUGGGUGAGAGUGGUGUGUUUGGGGUUGUUGGCAAAGCAUGCCCACAACUGAAGCACUUCAGACUGAAUAAGGACGUGUUCUAUGAUUUUGAAGCUUGCGACAAUGACAGGGAUGACGAAGCCAUGGGGAUUGCAAUUAUGCAUGAGUUACGCUCUUUGCAGUUAUUUGCCAAUCGCCUGACCAAUAAAGGACUGACAGCCAUCCUGGAUAAUUGCCGCCACCUUGAGUCCCUUGACAUUCGUCACUGCUUCAAUGUCAGCAUGGACAACACCCUGCGUGCAAAAUGUGAUAGGAUAAGCACAUUGAGGCUUAUCCUGCCAAGAUAA